AGUCGCCUCGGCAUCCGGCAAUCAGCGCCGCCCCCUCUCUCUCUCCCCGCCUCCGAAGCCCCCCAAACCCUAGGCGCCUUACUUCGGUUCGGUUUAACCGGGAUUGUGGAAGAUGGAGGAGGACCAGGAGAUGGAGAGGUUCGGGAUGGACAACGAUUACGACGACGGGCAGUGGAUCGACGGGGAGUUCUACUACCGGCGGCGGAGGGAGAAGCGGGCGCAGACCAAGGACGACGUGCUCUACGGCGUCUUCGCGUCGGGGGACUCCGAUUCGGACUACGACGAGUCCUCCAAGAGGAAGCGGAGGAAGAACAAGGACCUCCUAGGUAAGGCCGAUCUGUCGAAACCCGUGAAUUUCGUGUCCACCGGCACGGUCAUGCCGAACCGAGAGAUUGAUGAGAAUUCGAAGAGGGAGAAUGAGGAUGAGGAGUCUGCUGCCAUGGACGAGGAUAGGCCGGGCUUGGGGGCUGGCGCUGGUGUGGGUUUGGGGUUUAAGAAGCGAGAGGAUGAUUUCGAUGAGAACGGCGAGGAGGGGGAGAAGGAGAGUUUCUUGCCGACCGCAUUCGGGCGGAAGAUCAAGGAGGGAGCGGAGAGGAGGAGAGAGCAAUCCAAAUUGGAGAAGAAAGCGCAUCAAGGAGGGGGUGCUAAGAGUGAUUCUUAUGAUUCGGGGAAUGUGGGCGGCUUUGAGAAGUACACCAAGGGAAUUGGAAUGAAGUUGCUCGAGAAAAUGGGUUACAAAGGGGGCGGUCUUGGGAAGAACCGGCAGGGGAUUGUGACACCCAUUGAAGCAAAGUUGCGUCCUAAGAAUAUGGGUAUGGGUUUCAACGACUACAAAGAAACUCCUGCAAAGGCACCUGUUGCCUCGCUGGAGCCAGAGGAAAAGAAGACAUUACCUGAUGUGCCCGGUAAGGAGAGGCUUUGGUCUAAGCAAGCGAAGAAGGCGACACUGAAAAACAAAGUGAAAUAUGUUACAGCAGAAGAGCUGUUGGCAAAGAAGCAGGAACAGGGUGUUGAAGUUGUGCAAAAGGUACUUGACAUGCGUGGACCUCAGGUUAGGGUAUUAGCAAACUUGGAGAAUCUGAAUGCGGAAUCGAAGGCGAGGGAGAGUGAUGUUCCAAUGCCUGAGCUCCAGCACAAUAUAAGGUUGAUUGUGGACCUGGCUGAGUUGGAUAUUCAGAAGAUCGAUAGGGAUCUGAGGAAUGAGAAGGAGACAGCUCUGAGCUUGCAAGAGGAAAAAGAGAAGUUGCAAGCCGAGGCAGAACUCCAGAAGAAACAACUGAAUAAUAUGAAGGAAAUAAUGAAUACGCUAGGCCAGAUUGAGGAGGAAAAGUCAAUGGGGACAUUGACAUUAGACUUGCUAGCCAAGUCUUUCGGUGACAUGCAAAGAAGGUUUCCUGAUGAUUAUAAACUUUGUAACUUAUCCUGCAUUGCUUGUUCAUUUGCACUCCCUCUGUUUAUCAGAGUAUUUCAGGGAUGGGAUCCUCUUCGGAAUCCCUCACAUGGGUUGGAAGUUGUUUCACGGUGGAAAUCUCUAUUGCAAGGACAGGAAUGUCUUGAUAUAUGGGAUUUGGGAUCCUCUUAUACCCAGUUGGUUUCAGAAGUUGUCUUGCCUGCUGUGAGAAUAUCUGGCAUUAACACUUGGGAGGCAAGGGAUCCAGAACCAAUGCUUCGUUUCCUCGAGACAUGGGAAAAAUUGUUGCCUUCUUCUGUUCUGCAGUCCAUACUGAACAUGGUAGUGAUGCCAAAAUUGUCGAGUGCUGUGGACUCGUGGGACCCCCGUCGUGAAACUGUUCCUAUCCAUGUCUGGGUGCAUCCCUGGUUACCCUUGUUGGGGCAAAAGUUGGAGGGCCACUAUCAGAUCAUACGGUCAAAACUGAGUAACGUACUUCAUGCCUGGCACCCAAGUGAUGGCUCUGCAUACACCAUUUUGUCACCUUGGAAGACCGUGUUUGAUUCGGCCAGUUGGGAAGAUUUUAUGCGCCGAUUUAUCGUUCCAAAGUUGCAGCUUGUCCUCCAGGAGUUCCAGAUAAAUCCGGCUGAUCAGAAGCUGGAUCAGUUAUAUUGGGUCAUGUCUUGGGCUUCUGCUAUCCCGAUCCAUCUCAUGGUGGACUUGAUGGAGAAGUUCUUUUUCGUUAAGUGGCUACAGGUGUUGUAUCACUGGUUAUGUUCUAACCCAGACUUCAAUGAAGUUAUGAACUGGUAUCGAGGUUGGCGGGAUCUUUUUCCACAAGAGCUGCUAGCAAACGAGAGUAUCAGAUAUCAGCUUAGAAUUGGUCUAGACAUGAUGGACAAUGCAGCUGAAGGCAUGGAGGUUGUCCAACCUGGUGUUAGAGAAAACUUGAGUUAUCAUAGGGUCCUUGAGCAGAGGCAAUUUGAGGCUCAGCAGAAAGCAGCAGCUUAUGCUCGACAACAAGCUGCUGUUGGUGCUGGUGGCACCUCUCAGAUGGAUGCUGCUGGGGGCAUGCCUGAGAUGAAGCUAAAAGAAGUCAUCGAGGCCUAUGCACAGCAGCAUGAGUUGCUAUUCAAACCUAAGCCCGGUCGGAUGCACAAUGGCCUUCAGAUAUAUGGUUUUGGUAAUGUGAGCAUCAUUGUGGACUCUAUUAAUCAGAAGGUAUUUGCCCAAAACGAGGAAGCAUGGUCUUUGGUAUCUCUUGAGGAUCUGCUGAAGAUGCAUUACAGUUCACUGGCGAAGAGACGUUAGAUGAUAAAUUCAUUGAAUACCUGCUGGUUGGAGCAUUGUAGGUCAGUGAGGUUGUAAAUAUCAUGCAGAGAAAAUCAAAGUUAGUGUUCUAGCUUUUCUGUGAAAUUCAUGAUCUUGUUAUCUCAUCUGAAAUUCACGGACGUUAACGUGACAAUGUAACACAGUUUCAUUUUGUCAUCGAACCAAUCAAGUGUUUUAGGAGAUAAUUGAAGUGUCGGUGAGCUUGAAUGAAGUAGUUAGAGGUCUGAGCCUUUUGCUUUUGGCAUCUUCUUAUGGAAUGACCAACAUGGUAGUUAUAGUGAUAUA